GGCAACACUCUGAUGUGAAUCUGUCACAAAUCGAGAAAUUCCUUCCGGACCGCAGAAAGUUUAUUUUGGAUAAUUUUCAUCACUUUUCCAGUGAUAUUUGUGUACAGAUAUGUUUUCCCUCAAUCGUGUCACCAAUAGAUUGUAUCCAAGUUGCAUGAGAGUGGCCAAGAUGAGCCAACUGGGGGAUUUAGGCAGUGGUGCUGGUAAAGGCGGUGGCGGUGGUGGCAGCAUCAGAGAGGCUGGAGGAUCUUUUGGGAAAAUGGAAGCAGCUCGUGAGGAGGAAUUCUUUUACAAGAAGCAACAAGCGCAGCUGCAAAAACUGAAGGAAAAUCAGAUUGAUCAGGUCAAGUUUCACGAAGAACAAAUCAAAGAACAUGAGGAAGCUCUCCAGCGUCACAAAGAGUAUUUGAAGAAUCUUAAGAAAUAGAACAAACUGCGGUGAAUUAUGUACACUCUGCAGCAUACUUAAGAGAAAAUAAAUUGUUUUCUGCGCUUUA